AUGACAACAACAUCAAUUUCAUUAGAAGAUUCUGUAACAAUUUUCGAAAAAGAUUUAAAUUCUGAUGUACUUUUAACUUGGUGUUUCCCAAGUUUAGAUGAAACAUUAAGAAGUGUAAUAUUACAAAGAACAUCAUUAUUACAAGAUAAGAUUUCUUUACAAUUUAGUUUUAGCAAAUUUAAGAAUCAAUGGAUAUAUAUUUAUACAACAGCAGUUGAUCAACAACCAGCAGCACAAGAUGGACAACAACCACCAAGUAUUCCAGACUGUUUAAAAAGAGUUGUAGCAUUUAGUGUAGUUUUAGUUAGAAAUCAUUUUAAUCCAGAAAAGUACGGAUCAUUAGCUCAAAUUAUGUCAAAUGUUUAUAAAAUGACAGGUGAUUGUUCAAAAUUACUAGAGUGUCAAUUACGUGUUUUCAAUAGAGGUCAAUUCGAUGUUGGUGCAAUGGGUAAAUUUGUGGAUAGCAAUUUUGAUGUUCGUAGAAGUUAUUUAUCAACCAAUAUUAAAGAUGUAAUUCAAUUAUUUGGUGAAGAAAUCAUUUUGGUUUGGAGUGCAAUGGCAAUGAAAAAGCGUAUUGCUGUCUAUUCUGAAAAAUUAGCUUCUCUCUUAAAGGUAAUUAGAGCUUUUCCACUCUUUGUUUUCCAUCGUCAAAAUUGGAAUAUCCUUCGUCCAUAUGUUACAAUUAAUGAUGUAGAAUUAAAAGAUUUAACAACUACUGGUGUAUAUGUUGCUGGUUUUACUGAUCCAUCAAUUAAAUCAAGAGAAGAACUUUAUGAUAUUUUAGUUGAUUUAAGUUCAAAAGAGGUUACAAUUGCAUCACAUGCUAAAGAUCAAUUUUUAUUAUCAUCAUUACAUAAGGAUGUUUUGAAAUUUUUAUUAGCAUCAUUAGAAGAUGAAGAAGUUACCGAUCAACAAGUUAUUAAAGGUUUAAAUCAAAAAAUGAAAGAUUUAUUAACAAAAUUAGAAUCACUUAAAGAAGUUAAUGAAGAAACUGGUAAAGCUGCACCAAUAACGAUUGAAUCUUUAGAAGCAAGAAAAUUACCAAGUAGUAUGAGUACUUUCUUAUUUAAUAUUGCUAAUGCUGAAAAUUUAAAUGGUUAA